GAUGAGAAGUUUGUCCUCAGUGCUGCUGCUGCUGCUGCUUCUGGGCGCCGAGGCCGGCCGGAGGGCCAAGACCCCGAAAGGUGGGAACCCGGACCGGUCUCAGCCCGCCUCGGACUGCCCCCCUGCAGAGACCCGGUACGGGAAAUGUGUGCCGGAGCAGGGCGACUGUGGGGACGGGCUGAGGGAGGCCACCUGCAGGGGGACCAGCACCCAGAUCCACUGCAGGGUGCCCUGCAACUGGAAGAAGGACAUCAGUGACUGCAAGUACAAGUUUGAGCGGUGGAGUCCCUGCGACGGCGCCACCAACACCAAGACCCGGUCCGGGAAGCUGAAGCGGGCGCUCUUCAACGCCGAGUGCCAGACCUCCGUCAAGGUGUCCAAACCCUGCUCCCACAAGGCCAAGAAGCCCAGAGGUGAGAAGAAGUCAAACUGAAGGAAGGAAAGCCGUCGUCCCUCCACAGAACAGACUCCAGAACCUUCAUCCUCUUCACUUCGAUGUCGUCUCUUAAACCCGGAAAGCUUUUUAGAUGAGAAUAAUCCUCCUGUUUUAGCCAAUAGCCUAACAGCUCCUUUAGUUCUUUUAGAGUUCAUUAACAUCCAGAAAAAUCUGGAUCUUCCGGGUCAGUUCUGAAAGCUCUGAGCGGAGAAACAAAAGUCUAUUUUUGGAGCUAUUUGAUGAGACUUGUACAAAUGAACAAAUUAAAUCCUGUACAUUGUU